UUAACGUUGUGGGGAAAAAAGAUAGAAGAGGAAAAGUCAUAAAAAGCAUAAGAAUCUGCAACAAAUAGUCAUGGCUGCGCUUGGGGACCAAUCAGAGGAACAAGCCAUGGCUGCCCAACCUAAACCUCAGAACCGACCCAUUUCUAACAUCGUCAUCGUCGUUGCUAUGCAGACGGAGGCACUUCCCAUUGUUAACAGAUUCCAGCUCACUGAGGACCCUGACACCCCGUUUCCGCAAGGGGUUCCUUGGGUCCGUUAUCAGGGGACAUACAAAGAUCUUAAUAUAAGCUUGAUUUGGCCGGGAAAAGAUCCAACUUUGGGGGUUGAUAGUGUAGGCACGAUAUCAUCUGCUCUUGUAACGUAUGCUGCUAUUCAAGCAUUACAACCAGACUUGAUCAUCAAUGCAGGCACUGCUGGUGGCUUCAAGGCCAAAGGAGCUAGUAUUGGUGAUGUUUUCAUUGUAUCAGAUUGUGCUUUUCACGACAGAAGAAUACCCAUACCUGUUUUUGAUCUGUAUGGAGUUGGUUUACGUAAAGCCUUUGUAGCACCCAACCUUGUAAAGGAGCUUAAUCUAAAGGUGGGUAAAUUGUCUACUGGUGACUCUUUAGAUAUGACACAGCAGGAUGAAUCGUCAAUCAUUGCAAAUGAUGCCACAGUUAAAGAUAUGGAGGGAGCAGCUAUUGCUUAUGUUUCUGACCUUCUGAAAGUUCCUGCAAUAUUUGUAAAAGCUGUGACUGAUAUCAUUGAUGGUGACAAACCAACUGCAGAAGAAUUCCUGCAAAAUUUGGCAGCUGUAACUACUGCACUUGAUCUGGCAGUUGAACAAGUUAUUAAUUUUAUUAAUGGAAAGUGCGAAUCUGAACUUUGACAACCCAAUUUCACCUUCCAGAGUUUUUUUUUGUAUGCAAUGUUACACGGUGGGCUCCAAUUGUACACUACUACCAUUAUUUGGUUGGGAAUUUGUGAGAUUUAAGUAAAAAUACAAACUUAUAAACUGAAGAUAUUGCAGCCCCACCUCCCAUCUCUCUUUUGUACUGUUCUGGCCCUGCAGGCUGUAUAAGUUAUCUGGCAAAGAUUGUGGCAAUCAUUGUAAACAUGUACGAUGACAUACUUUAGUGAAUCACAUGUAGCAUAUGGAUGAUUAUUUGUCUCUGAAAUUUUCCAUGAUGAUGGAAUGAUUGAGUAAGUUGAUUUUAAUAAUGGAAGGCCCCUAAUUCAUGGUUGU